AUGAGAACAGGAAAUUGUUCUUUGCAACAAGGCCUAACUACAGAUGCUGCAAACAUAGUCAAGCAAGCGAUAACCCUAGCAAAGCGUCGCGGCCAUGCUCAAGUAACACCUCUCCAUGUAGCAAACACCAUGCUUAGUGUUACUAAUGGUUUAUUAAGAACAGCUUGUCUUCAAUCUCACUCUCACCCUCUUCAAUGUAAAGCUUUAGAGCUUUGCUUCAACGUCGCACUCAAUCGCUUGCCAGCCACGAAUUCUAGCCCUAUGUUAGGUUCUCAUCAUUCUCAAUCUCAGUAUCCUUCUUUCGCAAAUGCUUUGGUUGCUGCCUUUAAGCGCGCUCAAGCUCAUCAACGUCGCGGAUCGAUUGAGAAUCAACAACAACCGCUUUUGACGGUGAAGAUUGAGCUUGAACAACUCAUUAUUUCAAUUCUCGAUGAUCCUAGUGUUAGUAGGGUUAUGAGAGAAGCAGGGUUUAAUAGUACUCAAGUGAAAACCAAUGUUGAACAAGCUGUUUCGUUGGAAAACACUUCUUCUAUAAAGGAAAAUAAUAAUCAAACUCUUUCUUCUCAAUCUCAAGAGAAAGUUGCCAACAAAGCAUUGGUUUCGGAUUCAACUAGGGUUGAGGAUAUCAACAGUGUUGUUGAUAACUUAAAGAUGAAUCAAAGAAAAAGUGUUGUUGUUGUUGGAGAGUGUGUGACUAAUCUUGAAGGUGUAGUUAAAGGAGUGAUGGAAAAAUUUGAUAAAGGAGAAGUUGAUGAGUCACUUAAAGGUGUUAAGUUUAUCUCACUUUCUCUUUGUGAUUUUGGCAAUGUUUCAAGGGUAGAAGUUGAAGAAAAAGUGGAAGAGCUUAAGGGACUUGCAAAAAAGAAUUUUCAUGGAAAAGGGUAUGUUUUGUAUCUUGGAGAUCUUAGAUAUUUGUUUGAUUAUAAAAAGCAACAAGGGAUUAGAGGCUAUUAUUCUUCUAUUGAUCACAUGAUAAUGGAGAUUGGAAAACUUGUUAAUGGUGUUGGAGAAAAUGGAAAGUUUUGGUUGAUGUGUAUUGCUACUUUUCAAGCUUACAUGAGAUGCAAAAAUGGACAACCAUCACUUGAAACUAUUUGGAAUCUUCAUCCUAUCACUAUUCCUGCAGGAACCUUGAAAUUCAGUCUCAUCACUAACAGUGGUUUAGAAAAUGAGUCAAGUAAUGAAAAAGCUGAGAAUAGAACAAGCUGGCUAUUGCAUGAAAGAGUAGGAGAUGAUCAACAGAUAAUUCAAAAACAACAAGAAACUGCUUUUUUUGCAGAACCUUCAACAAAAAAUGAGAGUGAAGUUAGAAGGAGCUUGCAGAGAAUGAAUUCCUGUAAAAGUGAUUCUUCAAGUUCAAGUCUUCCUGCAUGGCUACAACAAUACAAAAAUGAGAAUAAAGGAAUCAUCUACAAUGAUCAGGAGAACUGUGUUCAAGUGGGAGAGCUUUGCAAAAAGUGGAACAACUCUAUGUGUGGUUCAAUCCAAAAACAAACUUAUCAUUUUGAUGAUAAAAUCCUCACAUUAUCUUCAGCAUCCCCUUCUUCAUCCACUUCAGGUUUCUCCUAUGAGCAACAGCAAUAUCCUAACGUGUCACAAAGAGACCGCGAGCUCGAUCGCGAUCGCCAUUUUUGGAUCUCUCAAGGUGGAAGCAAGUUCAAUGAACCUUCUAACCCUAAUUCAACUUCUUCUAGUGAGCUAAUGGAAAUGGAGCAACUAAACAAGUUCAAAGAACUCAAUUUAGAGAACAUGAGAACCCUAUGCAAUGCUUUGGAGAAAAAGGUUCCAUGGCAAAAAGAUAUAAUACCGGAAAUCACGAGCACGGUUUUGCAAUGUCGAUCCGGUUUGAUAAAAAGAAAAGGAAACAUGAGAAACAUUUAUCAUGAUCCUAAAGAAGAAACAUGGUUGUUUUUCCAAGGUCUUGAUUUGGAAGGUAAAGAGAAAAUAGCAAAAGAAUUGGCUAAGCUUGUGUUUGGAUCUUACAACAAUUUCACUUCAAUAUCACUUAGUAGUUUUGCUUCAACAAGAGGUGAAUCAAGUGAUGAAAGUAGAAACAAAAGAUCAAGAGAUGAAGCAAGUUGUAGCUUCAUUGAGAGAUUUGGUGAUGCAAUGUCUAAUAAUCCUCAUAGGGUUUUUCUAGUUGAAGAUAUAGAGCAAGUUGAUUAUUGUUCACAAGUUGGUUUCAAAAGGGCUAUUGAAAAAGGAAGAGUUUUGGAUUCAAAUGGUGAAGAGGUUGGUUUUUGUGAUGCUAUUAUUAUUCUAAGUUGUGAAAGUUUUACUUCAAGAUCAAGAGUUUGUUCUCCUAUACAAAGAUCCUCUCAAGAAGACAAAGAUGAUGAUGAUGAUGUUAAUGUUGUUGCUUUGGAAGAGACAAGUUCUUAUGUUUCUUUGGAUUUGAAUAUUUCUAUUGAUGAUAAUUAUGAGGAAGAUGAUAGGUCAGUGGAUGAAAUUGGGUUGCUUGAAUCUGUAGACAGAAAUAUUCUCUUCAAAAUUCAGGAAUUGUGA